GAGAGUAUUCCUGAUCCGCAGAAUCUCACAGUCUGGAUACGGGACACUAGUGCCAUUCCUGAUUUUUCAGAGACUGAAGUCUAUAACUACUUUGUUCUCACCAUGAACGUGAAGCCACAGCAUAAGUCUUUCGUAUAUUUUGAAGACGGACAUGUUCAUUCACUUGAGUUUAGCCCCGUCUCAGACGUAUGUAGCCAUGCCAUCGUGCGAUGCAAAGUCAUACCAUCACUGCCUACGAGCAACAAGAAAGAAUGCCCAGACCACAUUGCAUGGAUUUGUUUGUCAAAGGUUACAGGCAAGAUUCACUCUGCAGACUGCACUUGUGCAGCUGGGGCUGGUGAGGCUUGCAAUCACAUUGCAGCACUGUGCCACUGUUUAGUUGAUGUGACAACAAGGAGGAAAGCCGGUACUACAUCAUGCACAUCCCAACCAUGCAAGUGGAAUAACCCACGCAAGAGGAAACUUAGUCCAAAAAGAUCACAAGAUGUUAAUUUUAGAAAGUCAUCUUCUGUUCUACAUGAAAGGAAAGCAGUGAUAGAAAAUUGUUCAAAUUCAGAGAAGUGUGAUAAGAUUGGUAAUGAAAAGCAGAUUACAUUAAACCCAUUGUCAACUGUCAGAGAUUUAAACAGAAACUUGAAAGUAAGAAUUCCAAUGCUGCCUGGUUAAAGUUUUAUGCAGACACUUCUACGCCAUCAAACAUGAAACCCUCUCUGCCUCCCCUUCAUAACAUUUCCUUUUCAUAUUGUGACCAUGUAGAUCUUCAUUCCACUGAUUGUCAGCAAAAAAUGCAGGUAUUAUUUGAUUGUAUGCAUGUGUCAGAGGAAGAUGCCCAU